AUGGGCACCAUGACCCCGAGAUGCCCGCCCAAGGAACCCCUCGUGGUCAUCCUGGGCUCGACCGGCACCGGCAAGUCCGACCUCGCCGUCGAGGUCGCGACGCGCUUCCGCGGCGAGGUCGUCAACGCCGACGCCAUGCAGCUGUACCAAGGCCUCCCCGUCAUCACCAACAAGAUGACGACGGCCGAGCGCCGCGGCAUCCCCCACCACCUCCUCGACCACAUCCCCCUCGACGAGCCGGCCUGGAUCGUCGGCGACUUCAAGCGCGCGGCCAACAAGGUCAUUCGCGAGAUUCGCAGCAGGGGCAACCUCCCCAUCGUCGUCGGCGGCACGCACUACUACACCAACGCGCUGCUGUUCGAGGACAUGUUCGUCGGGCCGGGCCACGAGGGCCAAGGAGAGCCUGCGCCGGCCGCCGACGUGGUCCCUGCGUCCGACGCCGGCCGCUUCCCCAUCCUCGACGAGCCGACAGAGGUCAUCCCUGGCCAAGCUGCGCGACGUCGACCCCGUCAUGGCCGACAGUGGCAUCCCAACGACCGGCGCAGAUCUCGCGCUCGCUGUUUAUCUACCUCAGACACGGGUGGUGGGCGUCGGAGAUCUACGCCGAGUUGA